GUCUUGGAACGCAAAGAACUUGAAGAGGGAGCCUGGCCAAAUAGAGAUUUUUGAGCCUUGGUAGGCUUGCUGAAGCAGAUUUUUAGCACAAACACAAAUCAAAGUCUUUGUGUACUUAAAAGCAGCAUUUUCAUGAUAGAACUAAGAAAUAUCAAGAUUUAAAACCUAAAUACCUUGGAACACUCAGAAGAACAACAUGGCAGAAACUGAGAAAAGAAUUGAAACCCAUAGAAUAAGAUGCCUUUCCAAGCUGAAGAUGUUUCUUCUGGCAAUAACAUGUGCAUUUGUAUCCAAAACACUAUCUGGAUCUUAUAUGAAUUCCAUGCUCACACAAAUAGAGAGACAAUUCAACAUCCCUACAUUUCUAGUCGGAUUUAUUAACGGGAGCUUUGAGAUUGGAAAUCUUUUGUUGAUUAUAUUUGUGAGUUAUUUUGGAACCCAAUUACAUAGACCUAUACUGAUUGGUGUCGGAUGUGUGGUUAUGGGCGUAGGGUGUUUCUUACAAUCUCUACCUCAUUUCCUCAUGGACCGAUAUGAAUAUGAAUCUACAGUUUCAGUUUCAGGCAAUUUGUCCUCAAACAGUUUCUUGUGUAUGGAAAAUGGAACCCAGAUUUUCAGACCAACAGAAGAUCCAUCAGACUGUGUGAAAGAAGUUAAAUCAUUAAUGUGGGUAUAUGUACUAGUAGGAAAUAUCAUACGUGGAAUUGGUGAAACUCCCAUCAUGCCUUUGGGUAUUUCCUACAUAGAAGACUUUGCCAAAUCUGAAAACUCUCCUUUAUAUAUUGGGUUUGUAGAAACAGGAGCUAUCAUUGGUCCUUUGAUUGGACUUUUGUUAGCAUCAUUCUGUGCAAAUGUUUAUGUUGACACUGGAUCUGUGAACACAGAUGAUCUGACCAUAACUCCCACUGAUACUCGUUGGGUUGGUGCAUGGUGGUUUGGCUUUUUGAUUUGUGCAGGAGUGAAUGUGCUCACUGCCAUUCCUUUUUUCUUUUUGCCCAAAAUGCUUCCAAAGGAAGGACUAAAGAAUAAUGCAGACAUCAUUAAAAAUGACAAAAAAGAGAAACAAAAAGAAGAGGUCAAGAAGGAAAAGGAUGGAAUCACUAAAGAUUUUUUACCGUUCAUGAAAAGUCUUUUAUGCAACCCAAUUUACAUGCUUUUCAUACUAAUAAGCAUUGUACAGUUCAAUGCAUUUGUUAAUAUGUUCACCUUCAUGCCUAAAUAUCUGGAACAGCAAUAUGGAAAAUCAGCUUCAGAUGCAAUCUUUCUAAUCGUUGCUGGCAUAACUACCACUUAUAAAGGAAUGCAACAAGAUCUAUACGUGGGAAAUACCAUCCUUGCUGAUUGUAACAGGGAUUGCAACUGUCCAACUAAAACAUGGGACCCUGUGUGUGGAAACAAUGGUGUGUCAUAUAUGUCAGCUUGUCUUGCUGGCUGUGAGACAUCUGUUGGAACAGGAAUAAAUAUGGUGUUCCAAAAUUGUAGCUGCAUUCAAACAUCAGGAAAUUCAUCUGCAGUUCUUGGGCUGUGUGACAAAGGACAUGACUGUUCCAUGAUGCUCCAGUACUUUUUAAUCUUGUCAGCAAUUGGCAGUUUCAUUUAUUCUUUAUCUGCCAUACCUGGAUAUAUGGUUCUCCUAAGGUGUAUCAAGCCUGAAGAGAAGUCUCUUGGUGUGGGGUUACAUACAUUUUGCACAAGAGUAUUUGCUGGAAUUCCUGCACCUAUAUAUUUUGGAGCUUUAGCGGAUUCCACAUGUUUACAUUGGGGAAUUUUGAAAUGUGGUGAGUCAGGGGCAUGCAGGAUAUAUGACUCUGCCUACUUCAGAUACAUCUACCUUGGCUUGCCCGCAGCUCUAAGAGGAACAAGCUAUAUUCCAGCCUUUUUAAUCCUAAUUAUUUUAAAGAAGCGUCUUCUACCUGGUGAAAAUGCCUGUUCAGGAACCGUGCUUAUAGAGGCAAAGGUUACAGGGAAGGAAAAUGAAUGCAAAGAUAUGAACCAAAAUUCCAAAGUUUUGAAUGAUGAUGAAUUGAAAACUAAACUGUAAUGCCCCAUUAUAUCAUGCUUCCCAGAGUUGGAGAAUACACUACAGCUUAAUUGUUUUUAAAAUCAAUAGGGAUACAGAGUGUAACUUUUUCUAAUCUUUAUGAACCUCAAAUUUUGGUGUUUGUUGUUGUUUUUAUGCUUUCUUGCGUAAAAAAAAAAAGUUCAAUGAUGGUAUUUCUGCGGCAUCCAUGGCACUUGAGAUAUUUCUCAGAGAGACAUUUAUAAUAACCUUCAAACAGGAUAUUAGAGUCAGCUUUAUUUUUUUAUGUGAAAAUAGCAAUUUCUCUUUUAAGUCAUGUGAAAUGAGGGUAUAUUUCCCACAUCUCCUUUUCCAAAUGAUUCUAAAAAUUUCCUUUUAUAAAAAUCUACUUAAUUCCAUUGAAUUUCUGCUUUGAUAUUGGGGUUAUUUAGAGACUGAAAGUCUUAUCCUGCUUACGUGAAUAUUUAUUUUUAUUCAAAUGUAUCACUUUUAUGUGAAAGAAGCCCACACCUUCUAAUUCUAGGAAUUGUUCUUUAACUUCUCCUAUUCCUUCCAGACAUGAUUGUUUUAAAAUAGAUUACUCAUUAAUAUGACGUACUUGCUCUCCAUUUAUUCCCAGCUUUAUUACUCAAGUCAUAUAUAUGCUCAUUUUGUCCAGAAUACCGAAAAACUGAGUCAGGUUAUUAAAAAUCAUG